GUUUGUCGAUUUAGAUCUUUUAAGUGGUUUGAUCAGUUUGGUUAGCAACAGGUGGAGACAACAUGGACGAAAACGGCACAAGUCAACACAUAGUAAGGCGAGAAAAGGGACUUGCCAAAAACAAAGAGAACAAAAUCCCUAAGGAUGAAAAAGUUGAAUUGAAACGAGAAGUGAGCUUAGUUGGCGGCAUCAGCUUAAUUGUGGGAACGAUGAUUGGUUCUGGUAUCUUCGUUUCGCCGAAGGGAGUGAUGCGCAACGCUGGUUCAUUGGGCGCGGGUUUUCUGAUCUGGCUGGGUUGUGGUGUUCUUGCCACGUUUGGCGCACUAUCCUACGCUGAAGUUGGUACAAUGAUUCCCAAGUCUGGCGGAGAGUUUCCUAUAUUACUAGAAGCCUUUGGACCAAUCCCAGCGUAUUUGUUUGCAUGGACGUCAACCGUUGUGCUAAAACCGUCUUCUCUAGCGCUUCUAUCGCUCACGUUUGCAAAAUACGCACUUGCUCCAGCAUACAACAUCGAAUGUAGCGAGCCAUCGGAACUUGCCGUCAAGUUCACAGCCGUGGCGGUGAUUCUGAUCGUCAUAUUCAUAAACUGUGCCAGCGUAAAACUGUCAACACAGUUUUUAACCGUUUUCAGCUUUGGGAAAGUUCUCAGUCUUUUGAUCAUCAUUAUCGGUGGAAUUGUUAUGCUGGCACAGGGUCAUACACAGUACUUCGAAAAUGCGUUUGACGGCGAAGCACCUGGAGUGCGAGAGGUAGCACUUGGCUUCUACCAGGGUUUGUGGGCGUUUGAUGGCUGGAACCAGUUGAAUUACGUAAUCGAAGAACUUAAGAAUCCUUAUGUGAACCUUCCACGAGCUGUAGUUGCAGCCAUGGCGCUUGUAACAGGGCUUUAUAUGCUAACCAACGUUGCCUAUUUCACCACAAUGUCUAUGCAAGAGUUGCUCGCUUCUCCAGCUGUUGCCGCUACCUUCGGAGAUACUGUACUUGGUGUAAUGGUCUGGGUGAUCCCCGUCUUCGUAUGCUGGUCAGUAUUCGGUACAUGCCUCGGUUCGUGCUUCACCGCUGGCCGUAUUUCGUAUGUCGCCGCAAGAGAAGGUCAUUUUACCAAAGUGUUGGCCAUGUUACACGCUAAGAGGAUGACACCAGCUCCUGCUGUUCUUCUAAACGGCUUCAUCGCUAUCUUGAUGGUGAUACCAAACGACUUCGACACACUCAUCGAUUACUUUAGCUUUUCUAUGUGGAUAUUUCAUGGCAGCACAUGUGCAGCUUUGCUUUACUUUAGAUACAAACUACCAGAUCACCCAAGACCAGUAAAGGUGCCGAUAUUUAUUCCCAUUAUAGUGUGUAUCGCAGCUGUGUGUUUAGUGAUGGCGCCCAUCAUAGACGACCCGAAAAUUCAUUAUCUAUUCGCGUUCAUGUUCAUCAUGUCGGGUCUGGCAUUCUACUUUCCAUUCGUACAUUACAAAGCAAGAAGUAAAAAAUUACGUACUUUCAACAUAUUUCUGCAAAAACUUCUCUUUGUGACUUUGCCUGAUGAAGUGGAAGAAAACGACUGACUCAACUUCAUUUUUAUUUUUUCUCAGCUUUUUAGGUGGCUACUAUGUAGGACUAAUUGUAACUUAUUUAAACACAAACCAAAUGCCUACAUACACUUCCACAAAACUGUUGACCUAUUUAUAGUUUUCUAUAGAACGUGGUUCGACUGCACACAAUUUAUUUUUUCAUUGUAACUUUCUAAGUUUUAAGUUGUCUUUCUGCCUACUCCUGCAAUAAUAGAAAUACUGUACUUGCACAAAAAAUACACAUCCGAUACAACUUUU